UGCCUCCCCACAUCCCCGCUGCAGCACGCGCUCCCCCACGCCCCAGUCCCCUCCCCACCCCCUCGGCCCCUCGAUCCCCGCCGCCCGCCUCCCCCGCCAUUCUUCUAGAACCUUCCCCGCCCCCGCGGACCUCCCGGAGCCCGCCCGACUCCUGCACCCCGAGAUCCCUCCCCGCCGAGAUCCCCUCGCAGCCAUGGUGUCGUGACGGCGGCGGGAGCGCGGCGCCCAUGGAGCGGGAGCCCAUGUCCUCCGACGACCGCCCCGAGGCGGCGGCGGAGUCGGCGCAGCAGCAGGAGCUGGAGUGGCGGUUCGCGCAGGUCUUCGGCGAGCGCGCGGCGGGCGAGGAUGUGCAGGAAGUGGACAUAAUAUCUUCAAUUGAGUUUGACAAAUCUGGCGACCAUCUUGCCACUGGAGAUAGAGGUGGACGUGUGGUUUUAUUCGAAAGGACGGACUCCGGGGAUAGUGCUAGUCGAAGAGAACUUGAGAGGCAAGAAUACCCGAUCACUAGGCACCCCGAGUUCCGUUACAGGACUGAAUUUCAGAGUCAUGAACCUGAGUUUGACUACCUGAAAAGUCUGGAAAUAGAGGAGAAGAUUAACAAGAUCAAGUGGUGCCAAACAGCCAAUAAUGCACUCUUUCUCUUGUCUACAAAUGACAAAACAAUCAAGUAUUGGAAGGUUCAAGAGAAAAAAGUGAAACGAGUUUCAGUGAUGAAUUUGGAUACCUCCCAAAGUUCAGGCAAUGGUUCAAGUUCUAGUCCGGGUACCAAUAGUUGCAAAGCUCUUCUUCCAAAUGGUGGAUGCUCAGAAAAGUUGUACAGUCCAAACAACAAUAUGUCAUUUCCUCCUGGAGGAUGCGCAUCAUUGCGUUUGCCUGUGGUGGUUACAGGGCAAGAUUUAAACCAUGUUGCGAGAUGCCGACGUGUAUAUGCACAUGCUCAUGAUUACCAUAUUAAUUCCAUUUCAAAUAAUAGCGAUGGCGAAACAUUCAUAUCAGCAGAUGAUCUGCGAAUAAACCUUUGGAAUUUGGAAAUUAGCAAUCAGAGCUUUAAUAUUGUCGACUUGAAACCUGCAAACAUGGAGGAUCUAACCGAGGUGAUUACAUGUGCGGAGUUCCAUCCAACUCAUUGUAAUACACUAGCAUAUAGUAGCUCAAAGGGUACUAUCCGGCUUAUUGAUCUGCGACAGUCAGCACUGUGUGACAACCAUGCUAAACUAUUUGAGGAGCAUGAUGCACCUGGAUCAAGAUCCUUUUUUACAGAGAUAAUUGCAUCAGUUUCAGAUAUAAAGUUUGCAAGGGAUGGAAGGCAUAUUCUUAGUCGUGAUUAUAUGACUCUCAAGUUAUGGGAUCUAAACAUGGAUUCGGGUCCAGUUGCAACUUUCCAAGUUCAUGAAUACUUGAGGCCUAAGCUUUGUGAUCUAUACGAGAAUGAUUCAAUUUUUGACAAAUUUGAAUGUUGUAUCAGUGGUGAUGGACUCCGUGUUGCAACUGGUUCUUAUAGUAAUUUGUUUCGUGUUUUUGGUUGUGCUCCUGGAAGUACGGAGGCAUCCACUUUGGAAGCCAGCAGAAAUCCCAUGAGGCGUCAGGUGUCUAAUCCAGCAAGGCCUACACGGACUCUGACCUCUUUGACCCGUGCCGUGAGGAGAGGUGGAGAAAAUACAAGCGUUGACGCCAAUGGAAUUUCUUAUGACCUUUCAACAAAAUUGCUUCAUCUUGCAUGGCACCCAACUGAGAACUCCAUUGCGUGUGCCGCCGCAAAUAGCUUGUACAUGUAUUACGCAUAGGGAACAUGCUAGAGAAGAUUGAAUUGCUUUUGUUCUUGCUUGAUGUGAAAGCCUGGGCCUUUCACAUGCAACAAGGGGAUAUGGUGCAGGAAAAUGUUGUCAAUUCCAUGGUUGGGGCCAAGAAAAGAGGCAGUCGGUGAUCAUCCACAAGAUAUUUGGUGCCCAUACUGGACUGCCUCCUUCGGGUCCUUCAGUAAAUGUGUAGCAUGUAUUAUGAUCAUGGCAAUGCCUUUGGCCCCAAGCCCCCAAGAUAUGAUGACUGUAGUAGCUGCCUUGUAGCGAAACUGGCAGCUGGAGGCAGCUGAAGGAUAAAAGCAGAAGAAUAUAGGCAACAGCUGAUGCUAAUUCCACCAAAGGUCACAUGGAUACCUGCUCAUGUAAGUUCUUUUUUUUCUCUCCCCUUUUACGACAUGUAAUGCGACCUAGACAGGGCUAACCAUUAGCUGUCUGAACUUUGAGAUGGUUGGGCAUAAAAAAAAAGAUUAUCAUAGCUAUUGUAGUUACUCUCGGCUGUAGUUCUAUUCAUUAUAUGGUUCAAAUAAACGUACAAGUAUCCUUCUUGUGAUUUGAAUUGACAUUGUAUUA